AUGGCAGGUGAACGGAAGCCCUCAACUAACCUCCUGGAACAGUGUAUCCUUCGGGCCAAAGGCACCAGUGGCUCAGCCCUCACCGCUCUCAUAAGCCAGGUUCUGGAGGCGCCUGGAGUGUACGUCUUUGGAGAACUGCUGGAGCUGGUCAACGUACAGGAGCUCGUAGAAGGAGCGAAUGCUGCCUAUUUGCAGUGGCUGAACCUGUUUGCCUAUGGAACGUACCCAGAUUACAUAGCCAACAAGGAGAGCCUGCCCAAGCUGUGCACCGCCCAGCAGAACAAACUGAAGCACCUCCCCAUCGUGAGCCUGGCCUCCAAGAUGAAGUGCAUCCCCUACUCGGUGCUGUUGGAGGCCCUGGAGAUGCGCAGCCUGCGGGAGCUGGAGGACCUCAUCAUCGAGGCUGUCUGCGCAGACGUCCUUCAGGGCAAGCUGGACCAGCGCAACCAGCUGCUGGAAGUGGACGUCUGCAUUGGCCGGGACAUCUGCAAGAAGGACAUCAGCAACAUCUUCAAGACCCUGCACGAGUGGUGUGAUGACUGUGAAGCAGUGCUUUUAGGCAUCGAGCAACAAGUCCUGAGAGCCAACCAGUACAAAGAGACCCGCACCCGAACUCAGCAGCAGGUGGAGACUGAGUCACCAACAUCAAGAAGACGCUCAAAGCCACCGCUUCAUCCUCAGCACAGGAGAUGGAGCAGCAGCUGGCCGAGCGGGAGUGCCCCUCCCAUGCUGAGCAGAGGCAGCCCACCAAGAAGAUGUCCAAAGUGAAAGGCCUGGUCUCCAGCCGCCACUAGGGCCGGCCAGGGCAGCUGGCACUCACCAGGCCUGGGCCAGGUCCGGUGGGGACACCUAGGGCCCGUUUC